GAGCACGAGCAAGAAGACCUCAUGGAGGAAUCAUCCUUCUACACCUCAUUCAGCGGAAUGAAGUUCCCCGUCACGCUGCCCAAGAUCACGGUUGCGGACAAGAAAGCCAUCAUGGGUGCUGCAGAGGCACCUGGAGGCUGGCCAGCCGCCAAGGGCUUGCCAUUGUUUUGGCAGGAGUCGAAAUCUUGCUCCUUUUACAAGUCGCUCUUUCAGACGCUGAAGCCAACUCUCGUCAUAGAUGCCGAAAUCGGAUCGGGCCAAGCGGCCCAGGCAGCCCUACAGUUAGGCAUCAGUUAUGUCGGUAUAGCCAAGCACACAUCGCACAUGAACUUCGUGGCCAAUGCGGUUGACAAAUCUGCUUUGCGCCACAUCGUUGAGACUGGCCACAUGCUGUUCAACAAGCAGCUUUCAGAGAGCAUCAAUGAGAUCUUCAAAUCCGAGCUGGAAGAGAGUGGCACCGAAGAGCCCAUCACUUUGGAGGGUGAGGCGCCUUGGGAGGAAGUUGCUGCGCAGGACAAGUGA